CCUAGACCCAAACGUUUUGCAAACUGGAACCAUAUGACGUAAGCACGAUGUACGCGUACGCGCAGGGUGGAUCGCAAGGUCCGCCACAUUACGCGACACCGGGCAACGCGUACCUGGCCGGACCGCACCAUCACCAUCCGUACCCGGCCUACCACCACGGUGGUUCACCGACGCCGCCUUCAACCAUCACCUCGUUCAACAAUGUACCUGGCCCCUCGACGCUGCUCGGUCACCAUUACGCCUCGCCACACCAUAUGCCACCGCCGCCGCCACCGCCCCUGCCGAGUGCCGCCAGUGCGGCGGCCGGUGUGGCCGCGGUCACCCACAAUCAUCAGGCGGCGGCGGCGGCUGCUGCGGCGGCGGCGGCCGCUGCCGUUGCGGCCGGUGUGUCACCGAUGCAAACCGACCCGCAGCUAACGGAGCUGGCGCCCUCGCUCGGCGGAAUCACCAAACGAAGAAGGUCUGAUGAGGAUACAUCCAGUGGUAACAAAUACAACAGAAUGGACGACGACAACGUGCAGGACAAGGAGCGCUUCGCCAGUAGGGAAAACCAUUGCGAGAUCGAACGGCGGAGGCGAAACAAAAUGACUGCCUACAUCACGGAGCUGUCGGACAUGGUGCCGACCUGCAGUGCCCUCGCGCGGAAACCGGACAAGCUGACGAUCCUGCGGAUGGCGGUGGCGCACAUGAAGGCAUUAAGAGGAACCGGCAAUACCAACACGGAUGGGUCGUACAAACCAUCCUUUCUAACCGAUCAGGAGCUGAAGCAUCUGAUACUGGAAGCCGCAGAUGGAUUUCUGUUUGUGGCGGGCUGUGAUACAGGACGCAUCAUUUACGUGUCCGAUUCGGUGACGCCGGUGCUGAACUACUCCCAGAACGAAUGGUACAGCGGGAGCCUUUUCGACCACAUCCAUCCGGACGAUAUUGAGAAGGUGCGCGAACAGCUCUCGACCCAGGAACCGGUCAACAGUGGACGGAUACUGGACCUCAAAACCGGCACAGUCAAGAAGGAAGGCCAUCAAUCAUCGAUGAGAUUAUGUAUGGGUUCGAGACGGGGGUUUAUCUGUCGGAUGCGAAUCGGACCACUGACGCCCGAAUCGAUGGCACUCGGGCAUCUGAAUCGGCUACGAAGGAAAAACUCACUCGGCCCGUCAACCGACGGUCACAACUACGCGGUAAUGCACUGCACAGGGUACAUAAAGAACUGGCCACCGACCGAUAUGUUUCCAGGUGUAACGAUCGAUCGGGGGCAGGACGAUGAGCUGCACAACACGCACUGCUGUCUGGUGGCGAUCGCACGGCUACAGAUCACCUCCUCCACCACGGCGAACGAUCUGAACUCGAACAAUCCGAACGAGUUUAUCUCGCGCCACGCCAUGUGCGGCAAGUUCACGUUCGUCGACCAGCGGGUGAUCGGGGUGCUCGGGUAUCAGCCGGUCGAUCUGCUCAACAAAAGCUGUUACGAUUUCUUCCACCCGGACGACAUUGCUCAUAUGAAGGAAAACUUUGAUCAAGUGCUAAAGCAAAAGGGCCAAAUGUUCUCCGUCAUGUACCGGUUCCGGGCGAAGAACAAGGAGUGGGUUUGGAUGAGAACGCAGGCGUACGCCUUCCUCAAUCCGUACACGGACGACAUCGAGUACGUCGUGUGUACGAACAGCUCAGCAAAGGCACUCCAUUCGUCCCACGACACGGUAACGGCACCGGAGCAAACGGAUACACCGGUCGCGUCCUACCCGGCACCCGGGCUGGAUUAUACGCUGCCCGGUCGAAGGGAUACGACACCGUCGAGCAAUAUCUACAAUCCUCACAAUCUGAUUUCACACUUGCCAUCGCAGCCGCAGACAGCAGCGCAGGCGGCCGCCGCUAGCAGUAUUCAACGACCGGAAAGCGCACACAAUGCCGUGCAGUACAGCUACAAUCCGACCCCAUCGCCAAUACAGUACGGUUCACCGGGAACUCCUAGCGGUGGUGCGACGGGAACGUUGGGGCAUAUUCCCAAAACUAACAAUACCUCGCCAACGCCGGCAGCCACUGCGUGGACCCUGCGACAGCCACAACCCGUCACCGAAGGUUACCAGUACAGUGAACUAAGUCCGAACCGGUCACCGACCGGACCAACCUACACCCAGCUAAACGCAUCUCGUCAAACGUCCACCUUCACACCAUCGUCGCAAGCCGGACCGGGUAUCUGGAGCGGAUGGCAAUCGCACCAUCACGGAACCGGCCCGGAACCGAUGCAAACGGGUGGAUCCGGUGGUACGACCAACGGUCCCGGUUCGUCGCACACCUCCGUCGGGCUAGCGCAAGAAAUGGCCACCGAUAAUGCGCAGCAGCACAUGCAACAGCAGCAACAGCAACAUCCAGCCCUCCACGGCACUGGGGGCGGUGGCGGAGGUAGUGGUGCUGGAACUGGGGGCGGUGGUGGUGGUGCACCACAUCAUGUGCCACCCCAUCCGCAACACCCGCACGCCCAUCAUCCGGUGCAGCAUCCGCACCAUCCGCACCACCACCAUCAUCACCAUCCAGGACAGAUCCAUCCCGGGCAUCAUCCGGUCGUGGGGCAACAUCCCGGCCAGGGCCACGAGCUAACCGACAUGCUGCAGAUGCUCGACCAGAGCGGGACCACCUCGUUCGAGGACCUUAACAUCCACAUGUUCAACACACCGUUCGAAUGAAACCUGCUCUAUUACGGUGGCUACAAUAGCUACAACAAUAACAGCAACAACAAUUCCACACCAGGAGUUGAGCCCACUACCCAGGGCAGCUACUCCAUCGGUACGUCGUCCGCUUCCUCCUAUUCGUCCACCAUCUGCGCUUCCACCGCUUCCAACAACAGCAGCAACUCCGCCACAACGUCCGCCUCCGUCAUGGCGGUGGCAGCAGCAGCUGCCGCAGCCGCAGCGGCCAUAUCAUCAACCGCACCUUCCUUCCCGAUGCUACCGACGGCGGCAGUGGC